AGGCUUUAGAUAAGUUGAUUGAAAAACACAACCAGCUUCAAGAUGCUGCUCAGAAAGGUACUUUAUGUAUGAUCACGUAAAAUUAAUUCUUGGUCUCAAUUGUCAAAUGGCUACAGUAGAACUACCGUCAACAUACGUUCUUUUUAAAUGCUUUUAUUAUAUUCCCUUUGGCGAUAACCUCGCGAUUCUGCAUCGAAAUUGACUAUCAUGCAAGUACGGUUGUUACAGGCUACAGCUGUACUAUUCUUCGUUUGACUUACUUUUUAUUGCUGCUCAAUAAACAGCUGACAACAGAUUUCAGGACUGUUUUUCGAUGAUCGCUAGGCUAAAUGAUUAACACAAAAAUAUAUUUGAGAAGUUUUCUUUGACACAAUACAAUUUAGUAAACUUUCUCUGUAGGACACCUAAAGAAACCUAUUAAGCUGCACGGGUCCCAAACGCACCACGCAUGGAAACUGCACCUUAUAUAUGAAUGUGGAAUGCGUCUGUAAAGAAUGUAAAACAUUUCGACCCAAAAAUUACAACGUAAAUUUUUCCUCAAAAAAUGGAGUAGAUUUGCUAAUAAAUUUGAUUAAUUUUACUCAAAAUUUUGAGUCACUGCAUGUGGGUGCAUUAUGUUAUUCACGUUUUUGAGUCAAAAUACUCAGGAUUUUCACAGUGUUUACAUAUAAGAGUUCUACACGAAGAUGUGUGAACGGUAGAUUUGGUACGAUGCUAAAUUUUAUAUCACUCUGCUUUGUAUGAUACCAAGCGCAAGACCAACAGAGUAGACAUUUGGAAAUUACGAAAGCGAAAGAAGAAUUGGCGAAGAAAAAUCAAGAAAUUUUACAACUUCAUUCUUUGCUGAAUGAGACAGAACAGUUGUUGGUAUGUUUACGUGCUGGUGUAUGGUUAUAGCAUAAUAUAUAGCAUAAUAUUAUGACUAUAUAUCUUCAGUAUUUCUAGAUGACUUCCGCGCAUGUAGCACUGCUUCUAGUAUAUAACAUGAAUUUUAUGAUGUUUUCCUUUAGUCAAAUGCUUUGUUCCAAGCAAGGAAAAAACACUUGGCGAUCGAAACAGCAACGACAAGUAAGGCCCAUGUAAUAAUACACCCAUCUGGAAAGUACUAAGUCUUGGAUAUAGAGCCUCGUUUUUGCGAGUAUAUUUGUAUAUAUAUAUAUAUAUAUAUAUAUAUAUAUAUAUAUAUAUAUAUAUAUAUAUAUAUAUAUAUAUAUAUAUAUAUAUAUAUAUAUAUAUACAGCUAAUUCAAUAAAGGUUGUCCCUUGAAAACCUUAAACUCUAAAACCUUAAACCUUAAACUCUAAGCACGCAAAGCAUUAUGGGAGUACGAUUUAAGCAGUUUAGAAAGCAUAUAUGGAGCCCAUUUCUUAGAGACAUGGUAAAUAUCUCCCUGCGAAAACAUUUCACUCACAAACAGCUGCAAUAUUCAACUACUAAGCUUGAAAUCAGUGAUCCCAUUAUGCUUUGCACGCUCAGAGUCUAAGGUUUGGAGUUUAAGGUUUGCAAAGGACAACCUUUUUUGAAUUAGCUGUAUAUAUAUAUAUAUAUAUAUAUAUAUAUAUAUAUAUAUAUAUAUAUAUAUAUAUAUAUAUAUAUAUAUAUAUAUAUAUAUAUAUAUAUAUACAUGAACUUGCGGUUAUAUACAGCUCGACAACUGGCUCUCUAGUUCCGAUAGUUGCAGCGCUGCUCUGGAGGCUCAGGGUCGCAGGUUCGAGUCCUGCCAGAGGACCUAGUGGUGCAUUUUUCUCAACCAUUCCUGCAUGGUUGGAUUUUCCACUAAAUCCAGCAUAUUGGGUUUAAACCCUUUAUCUUGUUAUUCAAUUAAGUGAUAUCAGUAAAUGUAAAGGACUUGCAUUUAACUGGUUAUUACUGGGUAAAUUGCUCCGAGACAUCAUCCACCAAAUGAGGCGGCCAUAGUCAAGUCUCACUAUAUUUAUUUAUUUAUUUAUUUAACUUCGCCAAUAUUGCAAAAAAUAAAACACACGCACAUACAAAGAAUAUCACAGAGAAAGACAGGGACACCACAGCAGUUAACACCAAAGUUACCAAACCAAGUACUAUUGGCCCUUAAAAUAUUGAAAAUAUAAACAAGACUAUAUUGUGUAAUAUACAGUAGUACUGAUGAUAAUCAUACAUCAUACAUUUUUACAAACCAUCACUGUGAAGUGAACACGUGGAAAUUGUCUUUUUUUUUCAGAUAAAAUAACGUCCGAAGAAUUGAUUAAGUAUGCUCACAGGAUCAGCAGUAGUUGUGCUGUUGAGGCCCCACCAAACUGGAUGCCAGGUAAACAUGCUACCGCAUAAUACUUUAUUUCACUCCGAAAGUUACAGUUACCGGUCAUUAUUUAUGGCAGGGAGUGGCACCAAAGAGAAAUGUUUUUCUUGGUAAAAAUUUUACUGAUCCAACCAUUAAAAAGUCAAAUUUGUUUUACCCAAUCUCAAAUAUUAAUUAAAAAAUAAGUACCCACCCCUGUCCAAAACCGUUACAAAAGGAUACCAUUCAGUUGUUACACAGUCAUGUCCUUUACCGCAUCUGUGACAUGAGUUUGAUAACUGCUUGUGCAAUUUUCUGCAGUUUAAAGUUUCAUGUUAUCUGCACAUGUAGUUUCUUUGGAGACACCAUUUGCCUCCUGACAAACCGGAAAAUGAUCAAGAUAAUGACUCUGAUUUACAUAUUGUAUAUUGACAUAUGACUUGCUUUUUAGUCUUAUUAUAUUUCUCAACAUUUGAGUGAGUCAUGCUGUGGGAAUGACAGUAAUUUUUAUUAUCCAUCCCUUCAAUUGUUUUGUUUUUCAUUUACCCAACUUUUUGCUCACUCAAAAUUUUCUUUACCCAACCCUUUUCUCUUCGGUGCCCCCCCCCCCUCCAUAAAUAAUGACCGGUCCCUUCGAAUAAAUAUAUACAGUCGCAAAAUUACAAUGGCCACACUACAUUUAUAGCCUUGCUGCCUAUGUACAAGGUUGCGUUAAACACAUUUCAAGAUUUUGACAAACUAGUUUCUAUGUGUAGGUGAUCCACGACGUCCAUAUCCACUGGACAUUGAGAUGCGCUCGGGAUUGCUGGGGAAAAUGCAGGAACGACACGUGACUGGAGCACAACUUGUGGAACAGAAUAAUAUGACGAAUCCAGCAUCAUCAGAACACGAGGGAGUGUCACCUUCACUUACUCAAAAUGGACACCAAGCUGCUUCAGGUAAAUAAUUGACACUUAUUUACAUAUUAACAAGGAUUUCGGGGAACAGUUUCAUUAGAUUUUGCCAUAUUCCAGGAAGUUUUACCAAGGCAGAUAUCGUAAGUUAAAUCGUUUCACUACGUUUUGCAUCGUUUUGCUACGUUUCGUUCUGCUAUAUUUGUACGAAUCGUUUUGCUAUAUACGUUUCGCUACGCAGGCACGUUUCAACUGGUUGUUAUAAGCGCGCUUUCCACCAGGCGAAUCUGUUUGCGCGAAGCUGGGCGAAAAACAAAUGUCAGCAAUGUGAUUGGUCAGCGAAAAAAUUCGCCGCGAAAAAAGUUGAAUCAGUUCCCACUUUUUUACUAGUCGCUUUGCACGAUCAGUUUCACCUAGUGAAAAACGGGCUUUAGGAGGGCGUUAAUAGAGAGGCCUUAUUAAUUUAGCCAAGCGCAUGAUUAAGUUCCAUAAUUACUCUAUAAUUUUCUUCAGAUGUGCAGUGCAUGUCGAUUAUAACAACUUCACUUGGGUUUGACGAAUCAACGGUGCAGUCAAUCGGACAGUGCAUGCAUGGCUGACAACGAUCGGCCAUCUUCAAGAUUUACAUUUUAGAAUCGUGUCAACUUAUAUACUGUAAGCAAAUGCAAUUCCAACGACCCAUACAACCGAAAGUUCUUGGUCCCGCGGAUAUUGUUUUCUAAUUUUCUGCACGCAGAGCGUGGUACCAUAAACUUGUAACGUGAUUUUGUUGCUCGUCACAGCGCAGCUAAGAAAAUAUUUUGUCUUCCUUUUCUUGCUUUUUUAUGCUUUUUGAAUAGUAUAUACUAACACAGGACACCCUUUUUGGCGUUUUGCGGAAAAUCGCUACUGCGCGCUCAAUAUCAGUCCAAUUUUCAUUGACUUUUCACCAAUUAAAUGUUUGCCAGUGCAUGCAAAAUAUGGUAAAGUUGUAAAAUUGACAAACAAUAAAAUAAUGUAAGAAUUAUUCAGGAAAACCUUAAUGGUACCUUUACGUUCUGAGUUGUUUUCCUGCUCGUUUUAAUAUAUAUUUAUGAAAAUAUAAUUUUUAUACACUAAAAUAGUUGUUCUAAAAAUUGUGUUCGGGAAUUUUUGUUUAUUUCGUCAUUCCGCUGAUAUGGCGAUUUCUUUGACGACUGCAAUAUAUUUCUGAACCGUUUGAGUAAAUUGCUCCUAAUUAUUAACAUAUUCAAAAUUAGAGAAAAGCCGAACACAAUUUUGAAACUGACGUCUUUACUCUUUAGCUAUGUCCUUUGAAAAUUUGAGAAAAAUUUGUUAAAACCCACAGGAGAACAACUCGUUUGAAAAUCAGUAUAAUUGCCGUAAAAGUCUUCGGGAGAUAAUUGAAUUUGAAUAUUACAUUUUCAAUGUUUUUCUUAUUGCAGCGAAAUGCAUUUUCUUAAAUAACUCUGCGAGAUUUCAACAUUUUUCGUUCAAACUUGGUCAGAUAGUAGAACUAGUCUAAUGCUUUCAUGGAAACCAAUAAAAAAUUUUAGGCAAAAUUGACACUCAAAGGUGUAACAAUUCUGUAACCUUAAUUUAAAUGAAAACUGCAUAUUUUAUUUGAUCGGUCAAAAUGUCCAUGCAGAAUUAGAUUGAUCGGUCAUUUAGUGUUUUUAUUCGGCAAAUAGCCGAACGCCGACCAUUAUAGUCACUGAGUAAAAAAAUUCAAGCGCAUGAAUUGGAAGUUAUAUAGCCAUAAUUCCGCUAAUCACUGCAGAUCUUUCUUUAUUGUGAAAGGGGAGUGCGGGGCUCGAAAUAGGGGUUGCUUUUUGAGAAGGAGACCACUCUGGUCGUAUUCCGCAAAUAUUCUCCCAGUACCGCAGGCUCGCAUUUUUCGGCGAACUUGCGGUGCAUUUUGCACAGAACUGGCCAUUUUGUGUAAAUGUCCGAUGACAAAACGAGCCCGCACGAGUGUGAGAAUUUUUUCUAAAUUUGACCAACGUGGACUUAUAUUUGAAAAGGGGCGCUUAAUUAAUAGAGGAUUUAAGAUAUUUAUAAUUUGAUAAUUUGUUAUAUUUCUGUCCUGUUACUUAGAUUCCGGUGCACCAACUUGGCGCUCGGCUUUAAAUUCCACUCAAAGUGAGGUAUGUAUAACGUUUGUGUCAAGUGCAUACUACGGUACCUGUGCAUACUACGGUACCUGCAGUGCAUACUAUGGUACCUGUGCAUACUACAGUACCUGUGCAUGUGACCAUGCAGCAGUUUCAUAUGGCGCGCCGUUUCGGCCAAAAGUAUUCGAGGCAGAAUUCAAGUCGAGAAUCGGCCAAAAGUAUUCGAGUGUUUGAAGUUUUACAGACUAGUAGUUAGCAGUACACAUGUAACACUUAUAUCUGUGCCUCGGUCCGCGUCCGAUGGUAUCGAACACUUUGCUUUGCCGCUUCGCUGUCCGUAUUCCAUUGAAGGUGUAUUUGUGACUACAUGCACUGGUCUGUUUUUUCCUUACACAGGCAAACUCCACAGCUCAUUCAGGUUUUCUGGACCCUGAUAUACAUAUUGAUAUUUCUAAUGGAUUGAUGGGGAACACACGUGAUGAACUGGAACAAAUGAGUACAUCAUCGUCAUCCACAUCCAGUGACAGUCCUUGAGAUACCAUGUUCCUGCCUACUGGUUUUCAUGCUGGACUUUCAUUCUCGCGUCAACUGAUGAGGGUUAUGUGAUAGGUUUAGCCAGCAGCAAACAUUAUAUCAUCAACUAUGGUGUCCUGCAGUGAGAGGCCAGAUCAAUCGAGCAUGAGACUGGACCAUAGUUCGUGUUCGUAAGCGUGAGUUUGCAUGAGAAUUUCCCUCACGCCCCAAUCAAAACGAGAACAAGAAUUCGUAUGCAUAUAUAACGGAGUGAACAGACUCUAGUACAGGAUGACAAACAAAGUAUAGCGUUCCGUUCCGGUCAAAAUUAUUUUAAGUCAAUAAGUAAUAUUCAAUCAUCCUAUCAACAUGUUAUAACUCUCAAUAUAAUGUUGAAAAUAUCAAGAUAAAAUUCGAACUCAAAAAAAUAAAACGAAAGUUGAAAGCAUAUACUUGAAAAAUGCAAAAUACAUUUCAAACCUCAAAGGAUAUACAUGAAAAAUAAACGCAAGUCCUAACUUCUAUUUAUAAUACGAAACACCAAUUUGAAAAUAAUAAGUCAAAGCCCAGUCAAAAAUAUAACUCGGUAGAAAACGGAAGUAAGCAACUUAAAACACAGAGGACAUUGAGGACAUUAGGACACGGAAGUGAACCAAGAAGCCAGCCUAAAGAUUUCGAAAUUGAAGAAUUCUUUCUCUCUUUACAAACAUUGCUGAGCUCAUCUUUUAACAACAACAUUUACUAUGAUUCAGCCGAAUAUCUUUCUCGCCGUCUGGAUGUUUACGAGAGAAAUAUAAAUAUUCUUGUACUAAUCUAUAGCUAAUCAUGGGUGUGUAUAGCUAAUCCUGGGUCUUUCCUUGCAAUUUCUGCCCAGGAAAGUCCAACUUGAGAAUUGAGAGUUUCGAUAGCCUGUUGUCAGACGUUAUUAUUUAAUCUUAUUUAAUCACGGUAGCCUUUCAGAAGUACAUCUGUUUUUCAAAGGGCCGUGAGUUCAUUAAAAUAUUUACAUAAUUGGAGAGAAAAAAAAAAGAAAUCUAAAAGCGAGAAAAACAGGCCACUUACAUAAACUAUUUACAUGGAUGCAAUUAAUUACACUAUAGAUUAGGACCAAUGGAUUAGGACAUACGUUUUAUGACACUCUUAAAGGAGUUGACAGAGACAUCUUCUAUUAAUGCUUCUAUUAAUGCCAGUCUUGGUCUUCCCACACCAGAAAUGGUUACUCCCACACUUGCCUGAACACUACCGUGGUCCUCCUCCACGAACAAUCACUUUAAAGGUGCACAUAUCUGACAAAAGUUGUUGUUCUAGAUGAUACGAUUCACUAUGAAGCCUUGUGAGAUUGAGAAGAAUAUUUAUAUUUCUCUCGUAAACAUUCAAACGGCGAGGAAGAUAUUCGGCUGAAUCAUAGUAAAUGUUAUUGUUAAAAGACGAACUCAGCAAUGUUUGUAAAGAGCGAAAGAAUUUUUCUAUUUCGAAAUCACUAAGCUGGCUUCUUGGUUCACAUCCGUUUCCUGACUUCCUCUGUAUUUUAAGUUGCUUACUUCCGUUUCCUUUCCAUAUAUGUUUUUGACUUUUCGAUCUAUUGUUAUAAGCCGCGGCUUUGACUUCACUUGCGUUUAGUUUUCUUAUAUCCUUCUUUGUGGUUUGAACUGUAUUUUGCAUUUUUCAAGUACUCUAGUUUUGAGUUUGAAUUUUAUCUUGAAUUUUCAAUAUUAUAUUGAGAGUUAUAAUGUAGCAUUUGUAAAUUCUGAACGCUGAUUGGCCAAGAGCCGUGUUGAUAUAACUCAGUGUCAACACGGAAACGUUGGAAAAUUUCUUUCUUUAUAUUUCUUUGUGCUAUAUUAUAAAACAAAUAAAAAACAUUUUUUCCGUAUUGAUAUAUAGUUAUAUCAACACUCGUGGAAAUUGGGAAAACUCGAAAUUGUGUGAAAACACUCCGCCCUUCUGCUAUAUUAUAAAACAAAUAAAAAACAUUUUUUCCGUAUUGAUAUAUAGUUAUAUCAACACUCGUGGAAAUUGGGAAAACUCGAAAUUGUGUGAAAACACUCCGCCCUUCGGGCGUCGUGUCUCCACACAAUUUCUCGUUUUCCCAAUUCCACUCGUGUUGAUAUAACUGUAUAUCAACACGGAAAAUGCUUUAUAUUUGUUAAUUAUAACAUGUUGAUAUGAUGAUUGAAUAUUACUUAUUGACUUGAAAUAAUUUUGACCGGAACGGAACGCCAUAACAAAGCUAGCAGUGUAGUAUUUCUGGUGUUUACAAUUACAUGCAUUUUGUCUUUCUUGGCAGCGAAUACAGUCAAAACAAAUCAGCAACAAUUAAUGUUGGAACAAAGAGAAAAACGCGAGCUUUUCAAAGUUUGUAAUAUUUUUAUCCAAAUCGGGUUUGACACAAAAAGUUCCAUUUUGGGGAAUCGCCCGAGUUGCAACUUGCUUGGUGUAUCAUGCAUGAACACAUACUUGAGUUGGUGCUGUGUAAAUGUCCAUUUACGCGAUACGACUACUCGUAUACAAUUGUCAUCUUGGCGUAUGAAAACGACUGCUGACGCCACUAUUCCUGUUCAUCAGUUUAUGGAGAAAAUUUGGACUGAAAUUUAUGGAGAAAAUUUGGAUUUGAAUUUGAUCUUUACAAGUAUUUAUUUGAGUACAUGCGC